AUGGCUUCUUCAUCCAAAGCUAACAAUUCUUUGGAUAUUUUGUCUGAAGUAAAGAAGCUUUCUCUCACCAAAAGUAUCGAUCAUGUGUACUCAUGUAUUAACAUGAAUGCAAUCAAAGCAAUGCUUGAUACUUCCAUCCAGAAUCGUGAGGAGAAGAAAAGACAGAUCGAGGAAACUAACUUGAUUCACAAAGAUGUUGUACACAAAUAUCUUGAUGAUGAGAUCAAUGUGGGAAAAAAGAAAAUAUCGAAUCUGCAAGCAUUUGGUUAUUGCAAAGUUAGGGUCAAAAUCUGCAAAAGGCAUCAUAUCUGCAAGAAUUUGUUCGAAAAAGAGACAAGGAGUGGAGGAGUGCUUCUGUGA